AUGGUUUCCACCAUUUUGGAUAUGAGCUGCUUUAGUCUCAGUUAUGGUAAUAAUUGGAGUUUGACGUCUACCAGAAGAUCAAGGCUUCGUAUUUCUCAGGAAAUUAGCAUUGCAGAGCCAGGGAAGAACCAACAUAAGAGAAGGGUGAUGGAAAAUACAAUGACUGUGGUGGAGGAUAAUCUUAUUAUGUCCACUCCACUACUUAGUGCAUUAAAAGCUUCAGCAGCAGAAGAUGUUGCCAGUUUUAACUUCCCCGCGCAUAACAGAGGCCAAGGUGCUCCAUCAUCACUGACUCAGCUCAUUGGCAUGAGACCAUUUCUUCAUGAUUUACCCGAGCCCUUUGUUCCAGAAGGCCCCAUUUUAGAUGCACAAAAACAAGCAGCCAAACUGUUUGGAGCAUCACAGACAUGGUUUCUUGUUGGGGGUACAACUUGUGGAAUCCAAGCGGCAAUCAUGGCCACUUGUUCUCCGGGAGAUACUCUAAUUCUCCCUCGGAAUUCCCAUAUAUCAGCUAUAUCUGCCAUGGUAUUGUCUGGAGCACUACCAAAGUACAUCAUUCCUGGGUAUGAUUUUGAUUGGGACGUUGCUGGUGGAGUCACUCCAAUGCAGGCAAGUUAA